AUGGCUGCCAAAAACUUAACAACCGAUCAAUCUGCUCUUCUUCAAUUCAAAGCACAUAUCACUUCUGAUCCUAGCCGUGUCUUAGCGUAUAAUUGGUCCAUUUCUAAACCAGUCUGCCGAUGGGUUGGAAUUUCUUGUGAUGCUCGCCAUGGAAGAGUCACAACCUUGAAUCUUUCAUCAAUGGAUCUUGGAGGCACCAUUCCUCCACACCUAGGACACAUACUACAAACUGUUGGAAAUUUGAGUGAGCUUAUCCUUUUGUAUCUUAAUGACAACAACCUAGCAGGUGAAAUUCCACAGGAGAUUUACAACUUGCAAGGUCUACAGUCUCUAGCUCUCGGUUCCAAUAGUUUAACUGCUGGUCUCCUCCCGUCAAGUAUCUUCAAUAUUUCUUCUUUGGAGUUAAUUAAUCUUGGCAACAGUGGCCUAUUCGGUAGUCUCCCAACGGAUAUCUGCAAUCAUCUUCCAGCACUUCGGCACCUUAGACUUUCUCGUAAUAUGAUCAGCGGCACUAUUCCAAAGAAUAUCAACAACUGUACUUCUCUAGAAUUUUUAUAUCUGAAUGAAAAUCGCCUGACAGGUGAAAUUCCAGAUGAGAUUGCGAAUUUGCAGAGUCUACGAGACUUGGCCCUAGGUUCCAAUGGCUUAACUGGACACAUACCACAAACUGUUGGAAAUUUGAGUAAGCUUAUCGGUUUGCUUCUUAAUCACAACAUCCUAGCAGGUGAAAUUCCAGAUGAGAUUGGGAAUUUGCAGAGUCUACAACACUUGGCCCUAGGUUCCAAUGGCUUAACUGGUAUAAUUCCAGCAUCAAUCUUCAAUUUUUCAACCAUGGAACAAAAUGAUCUAUCCCUGAAUAACCUUUCGGGCUGUCUACCAUCAAGCUUUGGCCAACGGCUUUUGAACCUCGUGCGUCUUACCAUAGGGCUCAAUAAACUUACUGGAACAAUCCCCAACUCCAUCUCCAAUGCUUCCAAACUCACUUUCCUAGAUCUGACUGGAAACUCACUUUCUGGUCUUUUUCCAAAUACAUUUGGCAACUUAAGACUCCUUAAAUAUCUUGGCCUUGCGGGAAAUAACUUGACCACUGAAUCACCCACUACGGAAUGGAGCUUUCUCCCUUCUUUGACAAAUUGCAGAGAACUAAAAGUUCUUUACUUAGAUUAUAAUCCAUUGUAUGGCGUCCUUCCACUUUCAAUUGGGAAUCUAUCAUCAUCUCUGCAAAUUUUUCGUGCAAGUAAUUGCAAGAUCAAGGGCAGCAUUCCUAUAGAAAUUGGUAACUUACAUAGCUUGUUUGUUUAA